AUGACAUCGUCAUUGGUCGCUUUAGCUCACUUGGGAGAGCGCCAGACUGAAGUAUUCAAACUCGGUCAACGCACUGUGCGGUAUCUGGAGGUACUGUGUUCGAUCCACAGAAGCGACAUUACUUUUUGCAUUGUCACAAAAGCUUCGUUCAUGUUACUUUGUUGUGAUGUAGUCCGUGGAGUUGAUAUGGAUCAGGCUGAGAAUGGCAAGACCUGGCUUCCCGAUUCGGCGAAGGCGACAUCAUUUUUGCGAAAGCUCGCAAAUGCCAAGAUGGUCGCAUUACAGCUGUUAUACCGUGCGGCUGCAGACAUGGUUGUCUCAAGAUCAUCAUCCUGGUAG